UCACGUCUUUGUUAUCUCGAAUGUACACAGGUGAUAUUUAUAAGGUAGUUGUUACGAUGGCGGCCGACAGUUUGUACCUGGUGUCACUAGCGAUAUGUUAGGUUUCUUAACAGUUUUGUCAUCAAGAAAUCUACUUUGUGAUAAACCUCAGAAUACAAGUCAAUCCAGGUAGAUGUAACAAGGAAUGCUCAGCUCGCCAUCUGGACAUCUCACGAAGGGGGUGGUCUGCUUUUGUCUGUGUUGUAUUGCUGCUCUUGCCAACAGAGACAGACCAGUAUGCGACAUUCCACCAGUAAAGAAAAUGGCGACAGCAUUUAUCACGUGUUACUUACCUGAGGAAAUUAGUCAGAAAAAGGCCGACUUCACAUUGUACCACAUCAAGGACAAUGGAAGCUCAGAUGCAGUGAUGAACGCAUCAUGGAUUGACAACGAAUACUUCAUUGCUCUCACUCCCGGGUACGUCCGUGAUGGCUCAGUCAAAGACAGUCGCAUCUUCACGUUCCAGAUACCCCGGGUCAACGAGAGUCACGAAGGGACGUACGCCUGCAGGCCCGAGGGCUACCGGGAUGACCACGUCAGGACCUGUGAGCUGGUCUUGACACAAAAUGGAUCGCGAGUAUCAGAAACACUGGACACAAGAAAAAGUAAAGAUGAACCCGCAUCUGAGGAUCUAUAUGUUACCAAUAUCAUCUUAAUGUGUUUGAACGUGGCGUUCACUGUGUUUCUCGUUGUCUUCAUCGUGGUGUGUCCUGAUAAGCUGUCAUGUAUAAGAAAAACAGUUCUAAGGAGCUGCUGCACAAAAUCCUCUACGGAGACUGGUAGUAAUGGUAAUGAAACUGGACACAUGACAAGUCCUGAAGAAGAAGACCGUUGAAUGAGCGUUCAUUGUUCUUCCUGUUUUGAUCUCUCCUCCUAGACAAUUGCGUGUCUGGAGAGAGAGAGAAAGAGUGGAACAGAAAUGGAGGGAGUGAGAGAAAAAAA